UUUUUUUGUAUAGAACAGAGCAGCUGUGUGGCUUCCUAACGUGUGAUCUCCUUGCUGGAUUUGGGCAAUAUGGCAGGCAUCCUGCGUACAGUUAGUAAUUUCUCCGUUCCCCUUUUCAACAAUGUGAUAUGCCACAAGGUGAAGACUGUGAAGACGCCAAGGGUGAGGACAUUCCUUACCCACCAGGUUCUCUGGUGUAAAGCAGCUACCAAAUCAGGUAUUCCAUAUAAGGAAUUGACUAUAGGUGUUCCAAAGGAGAUCUUUCAAAAUGAGAAAAGGAUUGCCUUGUCACCAGCUGGAGUUCAAGCACUGGUUAAGCAGGGUUUUAAUGUUAUUGUGGAGUCAAGUGCAGGAGAAGCUGCUAAGUUCUCUGAUGACCAUUAUAGAGAGGCCGGAGCACAGAUCCAGGGCACCAAGGAAGUAUUGGCCUCUGACAUAGUCCUCAAGGUGAGGGCUCCAAUGUUUAAUUCUGUACUUGGCAUCCAUGAGAUUGAGCUUUUUAAACCACAUGGUACUCUGAUCAGUUUUAUCUAUCCAGCUCAAAACCCAGAUCUGCUGAACAAACUAGCAGAAAAAAAUACCACUGUCUUGGCUAUGGAUCAGGUUCCUCGUGUGACCAUUGCUCAGGGAUAUGAUGCUCUCAGCUCUAUGGCCAACAUUGCUGGUUACAAGGCAGUUAUACUCGCAGCUAAUAAUUUUGGUCGUUUUUUCACUGGUCAGAUCACGGCAGCUGGCAAAGUUCCUCCAGCUAAGGUUCUGAUCAUUGGAGGUGGAGUUGCUGGAUUAGCAUCUGCAGGAGCAGCUAAAUCAAUGGGAGCUGUAGUUCGUGGAUUUGAUACCAGGGGAUCACACAUAUAGGUUACUCAGAUCUGCCCAGCAGAAUGGCGACCCAAGCUAGUACCUUGUAUUCAAAUAACAUCACAAAGCUCUUGAAAGCCAUCAGCCCAGACAAAGAAAACUUUUACUUUCACAUAAAGGAUGAAUUUGAUUAUGGCACCCUUGACCAUGUUGUUAGAGGAACAGUGGUAAUGAAGGAUGGGAAAGUGAUUUUCCCAGCACCGCCUCCCAAGAACAUUCCUCAGGCAGCGCCUGUGAAGCAGAAGACAGUGGCAGAGCUAGAAGCAGAGAAAGCUGCUACUAUUACGCCUUUCAGGAAAACAAUGACCUCUGCGUCUGCCUAUUCAGCAGGAAUUGCUAGCUUGCUUGGGCUGGGUAUUGCCUCUCCAAAUUCAGCUUUCACUCAGAUGGUGACAACCUUUGGCUUGGCUGGGAUUGUUGGAUAUCAUACUGUGUGGGGUGUGACUCCUGCCCUUCAUUCACCACUCAUGUCAGUGACGAAUGCCAUCUCAGGACUGACUGCUGUUGGCGGAUUAGCGCUGAUGGGAGGGGAAUACUUACCUGGAACUCUGCCUCAGGGCCUUGCUGUCCUUGCUGCUUUUAUUUCCUCUGUCAACAUUGCAGGUGGUUUCCUGGUCACUCAGAGAAUGCUGGAUAUGUUCAAGCGGCCUACUGACCCUCCUGAAUUCAACUAUUUAUAUUUGUUGCCUGCUGCUUUGUUUAUAGGAGGUUAUGGAACAGCACUGCAAAGCGGUUAUAACAUUGAACAGAUGAUGUACCUGGGUUCAGGAUUGUGCUGUGUUGGUGCCCUGGCUGGCCUUUCUACCCAAGGAACAGCUCGACUUGGCAAUGCUUUGGGUAUGAUAGGUGUUGCUGGAGGUUUGGCAGCUACCCUGGGAAGUCUAAAACCAUCAGUUGAGCUUCUGGCCCAGAUGUCGGGUGCGAUGGCCCUUGGUGGCACCAUAGGUCUGACAAUUGCUAAACGUAUCCAGAUUUCAGAUUUACCUCAGCUAGUGGCUGCUUUCCAUAGCUUGGUUGGCUUGGCUGCUGUUCUCACUUGUGUCGCAGAAUACAUGAUUGAGUUUCCCCAUUUUGCAACUGAUCCAGCUGCAGGCCUCACCAUGAUUGUGGCCUAUCUUGGCACAUACAUAGGAGGUGUAACCUUCAGUGGCUCUCUUGUUGCUUAUGGAAAACUACAGGGUAUCCUGAAUUCUGCCCCACUCCUCUUACCAGGACGACACUUACUGAAUGCUAGUUUGUUAACAUUAAGCAUAGGUGGAAUGGUUCCGUACAUGAUGGAUCCAAGUUACACAACAGGGUUGACUUGCUUAGGAUCUGUAUCUGCCCUGUCUGCCGUAAUGGGAGUUACUUUGACAGCCGCUAUUGGUGGUGCCGACAUGCCUGUUGUUAUUACUGUCUUGAACAGCUAUUCCGGCUGGGCACUCUGUGCUGAAGGAUUCCUGCUUAACAACAAUUUAUUGACCAUUGUGGGUGCCCUGAUUGGUUCUUCUGGGGCCAUCCUGUCUCACAUCAUGUGUGUGGUAAGGAGAUUUUGGAGAUGUCCAUUCCAACACUAUCUGUUUCAUUACAUUUUCUCUGCCUGUGGGAAAAGCUUUUUAUUGUAUAUUUUGUUCUCUUUCUGGGCAUUUUCAGCCAGUUCCUUUUCUCCUUUCUUCCCUCUCCUCAUUUUUGCACGUACAUAUCUUUUGAGUAAAAUUGGUACGUUCAUAAAUGUCGCAAACCAAUUUAGAUGGAGGACAACAUUAUUUUUCUUGCCAUGUGACUAUUUAAUGUUCAAUGCUAACAAUAUCAUAGAAUCCCACUUGAUCACUGAGGUCUAUUUAUCUCCCUUGGAAGCUUCUUUCAUAUCAGAAAACCAAGAUAAUAUUAAGCAGCCUCUUGAAAGCACAUGUAAUGCAACUUAUGCAGAAAAGUUUGGCAUUCAUCCUGUGGCAGGUCGUAUGCCUGGACAACUGAAUGUACUGCUUGCAGAAGCUGGUGUACCAUAUGACAUUGUUCUAGAAAUGGAUGAAAUUAAUGAAGAUUUUCCAGAAACGGAUCUGGUCCUUGUCAUUGGAGCUAAUGACACAGUUAAUUCAGCUGCCCAAGAAGAUCCAAAUUCUAUCAUUGCUGGAAUGCCUGUUCUUGAAGUUUGGAAGGCAAAGCAGGUGAUUGUUAUGAAGAGAUCUCUGGGUGUUGGAUAUGCAGCAGUGGACAACCCCAUCUUUUACAAGCCCAACACUGCCAUGCUUCUAGGAGAUGCUAAGAAGACUUGCGAUGGUCUGCAGGCCAAAAUGAGGGAGUUCUGCCCAAAUUAAAUAUUAAAAUGUACUCUUCGGCCAGUAUGAACAAAACAAAACAAAAACAAAAACUAAAAAGUGUUAUGUAUCAACUUUAAAAGAUAAAGGUUAGCAAGUGUUCUUGAAAUGAAGAUCUUUUUAAAAAAGAGGAACAUUAAGGUCCAGAAAUGCAGUGAUUUUUUUUAUAAAAGAGCAGGAAAAUCAAAGAAAAGAAAAGCAUUGAAACACUGAAGUGAACAUUCUUGAGCAAUCAGAACCCGGAAUACAUACAGCUGAAUGCAGUCUAUUUUAGAGGAAUUUUCCUUUGGCAACCACAAUUUAACACAAUGAGACUCAGGAAUUUGGAGAAUCUCUCUCUUUUAUGUGACAUAAGAUAUAAGGGAAACAACCAUUAAAAGUUCUGUGGCUCCAGAAUUUGUUAAUGAUUCCCAGUGAACAAUUUGCUAAUCAAACUGAACUGGAUAUUGGUCAACCCCACUACAUAAACCAGACUUGGAAAUCAGCUCCCCAGGAAGACUACUUUUAUUGAGAUUGGCUGUAAUAACAGAAUCUUGUGUAUCUGAUUGUGCUGUACCUCCUCUUCCUUCUUUACUUCAGUGAAUUAGGGAGGCAUCUGCCUGAGCCACUUUUGAAUGUUAUCUUCUUGUUCUGGACUUAAAAAAAUUGCAUCAAUCCCUUUUCUUAAGUAAUGGUUUCUCCGUCAAAGCCAUCUUCCUUAUUUUCUACAGUAUUUUAUGAGCCUUUAUUUACAUUAUUCUAAACAGAAAUGAUGAUGAUGAUAAUGGUAGUUAUGAAGAUGAUGAUGGCCACUUUUGAAAUUCAUUUUGAUACAUUCAUAGUGCAUUUUAAUGCAUUUACAGAAACUGUCCAACAUUUUCUGAAUGUAUAAAAUGAAAUUUCAGACUCUUGGAAAUACCUGUUAAAUUCAUAAUUUAUUUGGACAGAUACGUUAAACCAGUCAGCUUUGAGAAACACACCCAGGUACACAAUCUCUCACACAAAAUUCAGAUGACUGGUCUUCCUUUUAUUUUAAAUAAGACAACUGUUGAAGCUUCAGUAUAGUGGUAAAUAGACUGUUUUUAUUGGCUUCCAGAGCAGUCUUGAAUAUGUUUAGUGCACUUGAGUGAAACUCAGAUGUUUAAUUAAAUGAAAUGAAUUUGUCAUGUUUGCAUAAUGAUGUAGCAAGCAUCUGUAGUGACAGAGGCAAAAUAAAUAGCUGUAACUGUGUUAGAAAGCCUUAACAUCUGGGCAAAACAGCUUACUAUGAAGUGAGUGAAAUUUAGCCCAACUUGACUGUUUAUAAAUCCUGAUUUUUAUCGUUGGGCUUAUGACCUCUUAAUUUAAUAGCAGAUGAAAAUUAUACCCAUUUAGCUACCUCCUGUCUCCGUGUGUUGAGCUUCCUCUAUCUGGAAUAUCAACUUAGAACAGUUAACUAAAUCCAGUUUGAGCUUCCAGAUCCAUGGAUCAAGAGAAAAUAAAUGUUUUUAAUGAAAUUCCAUUUAGUAGGACUUUUUAGUAGGACUUUACAGAAAAAAGCACUCAGCUAGAUGAUGUUCAGUGUUUCUCUUUUUUAAUUCUGUCCUUUUUUAGCUGUUUAGCAAAAACGUAAUAGUGAAACACCAGUAGAUUAUUCUGCUGUAUAAGGAAACUUGAGCCACAACAGGGCAGCUCUGUUUUAGCAAGAUUUGUUUUUGGGACCUUAAAUUUCCUUGCGUUGGUGCUAUACAUUUCUGUGUACAGCCUGCAUGCAAAUGUGACCAAGAAGAGGAGCAACGGUGAAGAUAGCAUUGAAUUGUUUAAUCUGCCUUAAAGCUGUAGCCUUUGUCUUGUUUUAAUAUAUUAUUUUAAUUUGAAGAUACGCAAACCAUUUCUAAGAAAAUGCAAAUGACAAUUGCCAAUGUUAGAAUUGUGUUUAUAUUAUGUAACAGGAGAGAAUUAUUUAAAUAAAAUAAUAAAGUGAACAAAAUAUCUAUUCUGCAAAA